AGACAAGUGAGUGACGUAGAUGGAUUGAGAAUCAAAUGAGAACAAACGGCUAUUGUAUUAUUUUGUAUUGUGGGUUGUGUCUUGUAAUUAUUGUUUUAGCUUAAAAAAUUAUUUUUACUAAUAAAAGUGUAGUGGAACUAACUUGUGUAAAGUUGAAAAUGAUGUUGUGUGUUUGUCGAAGUUUAUUUUGAGUUAUCAAAAUGAAUUUGCAAACCCUUUUUCAGGACUUCAAUCCCAGCAAAUUUAUAGUACAUUCUUCGUUGAUGGUGUUCACUGCUCUGUUUGCUUUGCGACUGGACGGUUCUAUUAACUGGAGUUACUGGACUGUUUUCUCGCCAAUAUGGUUCUGGAAAUUCAUGGUCAUAGCUGGAGCCACAGUUGGCAGCUACGUUUGGUGGCGAUACCCGCAUUUCAGGUUGGAAGGUGAAGCCUACGUCCAUUACAAAGCAAUGCUUAUCAGUCUGGCUCUGCAUUUGAUACUUCUCAUGUUUGAACUCCUAGUUUGCGAUAAACUUCAAUCAGGUCGACAUUUAUGGAUACUAGUGUUUAUUCCGUUGAUCUUCAUAUCCAUAGUUUCAAUAGCAGUUUGCAUUUGGGCAGUGAAACAUGAUCGAUCCUUCGAGUUGGAACUGUUCUGUGCAGUGAACAUGCUGCAAUUCAUUUUUCUUUCACUUCGCCUGGAUGGUUUCACUUCGUGGAGUUGGGAGGUGGUGUUCGUGCCAUUGUGGAUUGUUAUGUGCUUGAGUUUGGUUGGUGUGUUGUACACCAUUAUAUUUGCCGGCAUUCUGUUUCGCACACCGCAAGUGAACGCCAGACAAAGAAGAACGUCGUUCAACUCAGCUCUUGCCUACACACUUCUUGUCGUUCCUGUUUUAGUCUUCCAGGUGCUUCUGACUAAUAAGUUGGACGGUGACAUAUCUAUGAGUUACAGUGGAGUUGUUUCGCCUUUGUUUGUAUCCUACGUCACUUUGUUACUCAUGUCGUUUAGCGCGAAAGGAGGCAACAAAUGGUGGUUUGGGAUCAGGAAGGACUUCUCUCAGUUCCUAUUAAGCGUCUGUCCGUUUCUACAGGAGUAUGCCAACAUCGCGUAUUCGGCCGGAAGAGGGUCCGAACAGAAUGAUAGGAACAGCAGCACAAGUAACAACGCAUCGCAACAACCAAUCGUCAAAGAGAAAAAUCACAAGAAAAGUGACCUCAUGAAACCAGUGGUACCUGUUAUAUCGAUAGAGAUGCCUGACUAACCUGAUAAAAUGUGUGCAUUAUAAGCAUUGUAAAUAGGCAGUUGAUCUUAACAAAAAAUGUAUGCUGUGAAAUAUUGUGUGAAUGCCGUGUAUUGUUAACUCAUUCAGUUCUAGUUCAGAUAGUUUAGAAAAUUUUCUUGUGAUAUUACUAAUGAACAUGAAUGGAUGAAACGUAUCGAAACAUGAAAGUAUAUUUUUGUAGAGGAGUUUUUUUUUAACAAUUGACGUCUUCUAAUUUUUGAUGUUGUUUUAAGGUGCUCAAAUCGAAACUUCUUUUUACCCUUGUUUUUCAUCCUAUACUUUUUGUGACCAUCCCUUUCUCGAUUUGGACAAUUUUGAUUAUUUUAUUCAAGAGCCUAGAUUUUCUCUCUUGUAAGAUCAGUUGGCCUCUUUAAUCAUGACGGCAUGAACGUCUUCAAUUAGUUUCUAAUGGUUUAUUUCAAAUUUUUCUAUAUUUUCUGGAUUAUUUUUAACAAAGACGAGGCUACGCUCUCAGCUCAAAUUUUAAUUUACAACAACUGUGAAUAUGUAUUUCUCUUCACAUAGUGCUUCUACCCAUCCAUAUUUUAAACGUUUAAUACUAUUUAUAUCUUGUAUUUUAAACUUUUUAAUAUUAUUUUUAAAAUAUCCUUCCAUGAAUUACUGUCCUCACCCAAUCAUUGUAUAUGAUUUGUGCUUGUAUUAUAAUAAUAAAAUGGAUGUAUUAUACAUACAAGUAGUAUGUUAUCGAUUAGUAUGAUCACAGUAAUUCUUCCCAAAAAAGCUAGGAACCAGGCUCUGGAUCUAGCUUUCUACCUGCCUUGUAACUGAUUCCUUUAUACAAAUCGUCUCCAAUUACCUCGCUAAUAACCGUCUUUUACUGUAACUCAUAUUUCUAUCUCAUAUAAUUUUUCAUGGUUUGACUUUUCAUGGGUCCCUAUUUUGAUCUUGAUUGGACUGUGGAACUCACUAGAUUAAGUAGAAAUUAAGGGCCUGUUUCUUGGACAUUCUAUUGGUUGUAUAUUAUUAUACUGUAUAGGUGCACAUACACUAGCCGCAUAAACUAAUUACAUUACAUUUAACAUACUUUCACUGUAUUUACUUGAUGAAACAGGACCCUUUUUUUCAACCUCACUGCUAUUGGAUUUCUGUGAGAACAUUUUCACAAAUUUUGAACCAAACUUACCAGCUAGCAUUUUGUGCUAAGUAUUCUCACCCGAUCCAAAGUCGCCAUUAUGUUUGAUUUGAUAGCAUAAUGGAAUUAUAAUUGUAAUGUUUUUGAAUUGGUGGCCUUGCUUGUUUAUGUGUGGUUCUGCUGACAAUUAGUAGCCAGAUAUGAAUAUUUUGACUCCCUGUGUUCUUAUCUGGUUUUAGUCAAUUUUUAAUUCGAUCAUCGUAUUGUCAGUUGGAUCGAACCACUGAGCGUCAGUUGGAUUGCUUUAACAUUUCUCAUCUUUCACGUUGAGAAAACAUUUUAAUUGCAUAUCAUGUGAAUAAUUCACUAAAAUCCAACGAACGUCUACUGGAAGAUUAUAUUUUUCAGAUAAUAAGCUGAUGUAAUUGUUAUUGCUGUUAUUCAGCGUGGAAUAUGAUUAGAGAUAGGAUUGAGUAGAUAAAUUAAGUUUUAAUUUAAUUAAAAUGAACUAGUUAGUGGAUGAGCGUUGUUGAAAUUUGAUGUUUGGUCGAUGAUGAAACUAUUGAUACUACAUAUUUUUAAGCCCAGAGAAGCUAAGCAAACAUUUUUGUGCCCGUGCACAAUCUAUGAAAUUGAGGAAUAUCUUCACCGAAAUCUGUUUUUGGAUAAUCCUUCAAUGUCCAAAGGGUUGAAAAAUGCUAUUUAUCAAAAGAUUAUUGUAUUUUAAUAGAAAAAUAAAUCUUCCGUGAUUUUCUCCUUCCCUGAUAUUGCAUCAUUCAACUCUCGUAGCUCCCCUGAAAAAUAAUGAAAGAUCUAUAUUAUUAAUGAUAUCUUGAAAUAUUACUUCCAAUACAGUGUUCGUCUUUUAUUUUUUCGCAAACAGGCGUUUUCUGGGCUUGAAAAAUGAAAGCUUUAUAUCCAGAAAAUGUAAUGUUUUGAAAAUGCGCCAGCAAUAAAAUGUUUUAGGUUUUACGAGUCAAGUAUCCAUUCAGUUUACUUCUUAAAUGUUAUUAGUUAUCAUUGAUAAUCAACAUGAAUUUUUGUCAUGUUUUAGAUGUAACUGUGGUUUUUAAUGAAAAUCAUUGUAAUGUUUUAUUCGCACCAAGUAUCAGAAGCACUAAAAAGCAAUAAUAAUUUGUUAAUUCCUAGGUAAUAACUUAUUGAAAUGGUUCUAUCAGUAAAUUAACUCUUAAGUGAAAUUAAUUUAGAAGCAAUUUGCAAUAUCUCAAACUUGGAUGGUUAUAACAUUUUGUAUAUAAACUUCGAUAGUUGAUGAUUCAAUGUCAAUAGAUUAUUAUGUGUGUUAAUAGAAUUGGAAUUUUAGAGAAAAGUUAAUUUGUAAAUUUCAUUGAACAAUAUUAUUAUUAUUAUUGAAGAAUAUGAUUAGUUAUCUGUGAAUAUCAUGAAUAUAUUAUAAAUUGGAAUAUAAUGUUUGCUAGCAUUUGAUUACAAGGCAUUUUCUAUAGUUUCUGUAUUUGUUGUAUUUUUUACAGUAUUAUUAGAUUAGUAUAAUGCGCAAUGUCAUGUAUAUUCUUAUGAUGCUGAUGCAUAUACUGGUCUGCAGCAACUUAUAUCUGGAAGUGAAUUUUCAAAAAAAAUUCUGUAAUUCUAUGAAAGAAAGAAUUCUAUUAAAAUAUGGCUUAAUGCAACCCAGCCUUAAAAAGCUUGUGAUUCAAUUUAUUGCUCUUCCAUACUUGUUAAGAAUCUUACAAAGGAUGUAUUCUUGAAAAUGGCAUUUUACAAGAAAUUUGUGUUUCAAUGCUGCAAAAUAGAGAUAGUUCUUUCAAUCACGCAUAUUGAAUAACAUUUAAUCGUUUCAAAACAUAAUUUCAGCUUGGAAAUUAAGUUUGGUCCAGUUGAAACUCGAAACCGAUUAAAUUUUUAUUACAAGAUACCACGGUCACUUGAGACUUGGUGUUUUUAUAAAUCUCAACAUUCAUGUUACAAAAGUUAGUUACAAGAAAUGUAUGAACAAAGUGAUCAAUGCGUUUUGAAAAUGUGAAAAUAUGUUCAAGCUCUCAAAGCAAAAGAUGCUUAUUCUUUAAUUUAAUUUGUAGUAGAUUCUACUUUUUUGUAUGGAGUAGCCUUCAAGUUUACUUGCAACAACGUACAGUGUCAAUAGUAGCCUAAUACCAAUGUUAAUACUUUUUUACAAGGUCACAUUUUUUAUAUUAUACGAAUAAAUGUUUAAUUAUGUUCUAAGCUCUGGAAGAACAAAGAUGAAAUUAUUUUGUUUUCUUGUAAUUAAGAAUAGUGUAGUUCUAAUUAAGUCAUCAGUUGAAUUGCUGGUUUUGUGUUAUAAGUUGAGAGUUUUCCUUAAAUCGUUGAUAACAUUUUUUUAAUAAUCAUAUAGUUAUAUUUGUAUAGGUUUUUUUGGUAGAACCCAAAAAUUACACUACAAUUUCGUUGGUAGAUUGUCAAAAACAAAUAUUAUUUACUUUUUAUUAUAUUUCAAUUCAAUGGUUUAUACUUAUUAUCUAUUUAUUUAUCAAUUCUAUCACUGAAGUUCAGAUCUAUGUUGCGUAUGUCUUAUUAUCUCAAUUUUAACAGAAAUUCUAUUUCAAUUUUGAUUUUUUAAUUAUUCUUCCUUUUCAUCGAUUGUAUAACUAAAGUUCAUUUUUGUUUUAUAGACCUUUAAAUUUUCUUUAUUUUUUAUAUACCUUUAAAUUAUCUUUAUUAUAUUUUUAUUUCUUCUAUGUAACAGGAUUACUAUUAUAAUAAUUCAUUGAAGAACGAUUUUUAGUUUCCUCCAUUUUCAUUAUUAAUGUUACAUAAUUUUAUAAGCUAUUUCUCUGUUUUCAAGUUUAAUUUUCAUAAGAACUGCAUUAUUAUCAUAAUGUGAUGAGGAAAUCACAAUUUGUUAUUUACUGGAACUUUGUAAGCAUGAAGCUAUUUGUUUCAUUACUUUAAUACAAUAAAUCAUUUUUUACUCUUUCUAUGGA